AUGGCCGGACAGAUACACGGUGCUGGGACAGAGCCACCAACAGAACACAUGCCAGCCUUGUCGGACUCCCUAUCAGGCAUGGGGCACAAGCCUGGCAAAUGUACAUCUGUUCUCGAUGGCAUCCUCGAUGUCACAUCUGAGCCUCAGAUCACAUGGCCACUACCUAAGGCUCAAGUUCUGACGUUCGACCGUACGGCAACAGGCGCUGAUGAGAUUGAGCCGUUUCCUGAUCUACCAAAUCCGGCAAUCAAUCUCAUUCUCGCCCGGACGACUUUGCUCAUACAGCUCGAUGCCAACAAAUACAAUGGAGCAUAUGCGAAAUUUCGCCCUAGACACCCCUUCGAUUCCAUCCACUCCCGCGUAAGUUCACACACUGGUCACAUCAAGGAACACGAAAACCUAAACCGCUCCAAGGUAAAUCUGGUUAAAGCAUUCAAUGUCAUCAACCAGGUCCGCCAGAAUCGCGCCGUAGGUAACAGGGGACAACCGCUCUCGCAAGGACGUCUUGCUACCAAAGUCGGGGCCAAAUCCGACCAACCUCGAGAUGAACUGCGGAAAGCCCUCAAGAAGCGCGUGGAGCAAGGCAUCAAAGAUGCUUUUGCGUACGAGCGCGAACACGGAUGGGACAUUGUAGUUGAGCCGCAACCCCUAGGUGAGUUCCGCGACUUCCAUGACCCCUACUGGCACAGGCGAAUAACUUCUCCCCUUCACCCCGGCACUGAGUUGACGAGAAACGUCAUCACCGCACUUCUGAUGCUGAAGAAAACCUUUCCUCUCCGAUACUUGACUAUUGAUGUUAACCCCAGUGCUGUUUCACUCGGCCUCAAUGGUCAUCCCAGAACCAAGAGCACUAUCAAUAUCAACGAGUUCAACACGAAUGCGAAGAGGUUCAAGCCCAGUCGCGUCCUUGGUCUCCCAUGUGACUCCUCCGACAGAGAGUGUUGUCGGCCACGGCGGUCUUCGUCGAAUAAGCCUCGCUCGUCAAGCUCCAUAUCUACCACGGCGUCGUCUUUUGCAUCCUUAGACCCCGAUAAAAAGGCUCUCAAGGCCAAAACCGCGACACUUAUGCGCCGUGUUGCCACAAAGCUCACAGUCCGCUGGGCCAGCAAGAAGCACACUGCCGCCUCUCGCCAGCAAUCCACCUCGGGACGCGUUGUCAAAGACGAAUCAGACCCUGACUGCGAGGAUGACGACGACGAGUAUGGCGCCGCUGCUGAGGUCCUCAAGCAGGAAGCGCACAGCAAGGAGAAGGUAAGCGCGUGGUUGACUCUCACCUUUGAUGGUAAGCCAUUCAACGAAAUCGAUGAUGCCUCUGUAGCAGAGCUUGGGCCCAUUGGGCCUCUUGACACGAGUUUGCCGGCGAUACCUGUGCGUUCGACAGAGGAAGCUGUUCUUGCAUCAGCGCCCUAUUCAAGCCAGAGGGUUUUCGCUUCUGGCUCAAGCCUGCAGCCUCAUCAGGAGACCCGGACCACCUCAGUUGCAGGUAAGGCAGACCAUGGAAAAGCACUUCCAGUGUUCUCUCCAAUCUCGACAUUCUCACCCUUUGGCGCCUCCGCAGGCCACGCACCAUCAGAGGAUAGCUCAGAUGAGAAUGCCAGCGCCAAUGGAGACGUUGCAGUCAUGGAGACAGUGACGCUCCGGAAACCCAUCAUCCCAGCUCGCAUGGUGUCCAUCCGCACGAAAUCGAAGCGUGCCCAAAAGGCACUCACCUCCCCAAUCGUCCCAACACGCAGCCCACGAAAGGUUUUCCACCGUGCAUCGAAAACAGGCGAUCUCCGCGACAUGGGCGACGCGGAAACAGACGCAGAAUUCGAGGCUUCUCCAGCCGCAGCAGGGUCCGCGCGUGCUUUCCAUGGCGCCUUCGUUGGCAGGUCGGGAUCGUGUUUGCGUUUGCCCUCCGCGGGUGAUGGUGGUGGUGGUGGUGGUGGUGCUGCUGCUGCUGCUGCUGCUGCUGACGCGACUGGCAGUUUCAAAGGAACGGUGAACGCGAACUUGAGCCUGAGCUUCAGCCAGCGCCAGCGCGAGUUUCUUCAUCGGAAGCACCACCAAGACCAGGCCCCGCGCCAGAGCCUGGGCGCGAAGCUGAGCGGUGGUGGACCUGGUCGUGGUGGCUUGUUCAGAAAGUGA